UUCCUUGUGCAAGAAAAAUUAUCAAACUUGAAAAGCUUCGAUUAGCAAGCACGUCAACAGGAUGUAAUUCACAGUCACAAAAAAUCCCUAUCACUCAACUGAUUCGUUAGUCGUCAUCAUCACCCCAAUCAACCGAAAGCGAAAUUCUCUAUUUAAGCGAGUUCGAAAAUAAUAUUCCACACAUUGAAAGUAAUCGUUUCUUUUCGCGAAGUUGUGAAAUUCAUAAAAACCGAUCACGAUGUGGCCUUUGAAAAACUUUCGGCCACUAUCGAGCUGUAUCACGUUUUCCAUUUUCAUAAUUGUGGUUAGAGGUUCGCCUUUCCAUGCGAAUUUCCAAGAUCACUCUUCAGAUAUAUACGAUUCAAGAUUCGAAGAAACCAGCACCGGAGAUGUCUACAGAUUACCGAAUGAUGUGAUACCAGUUUCUUACGAAUUGAAAAUGGCACCCAAUUUGAAGGAUUUCACUUUCAUUGGCCAAGUCAAUAUAACCGUUCACGUACGGUUUGCAACGAAUCGGAUAAUUUUGCAUAGUAAAAGUCUCACCAUUCAGGACGUAUUGAUACUAGGAGCAGAAGGAUCCUCAGGAAACGCAACGAUUUCGAUACCGACAAAGCAUUCCCUGGAUGAUAAAAAUCAAAUCAUCAUCAUAGAAAGAACAAGUGACAAAUUUAAAUCCGGUUCAAAAUAUAAAGUAUCGAUCAAAUUUAACGGUACGUUGGAAAUAUACGAACGUUCCUACUUCACACCACUUCCUGAAGGAUUUUAUCGGGUUCCUUAUGAAAUAAAUAAUGAAACACGUUGGGUAGCGACUACUCAGUUCGAAGCAACCAGCGCUAGAAGAGCUUUCCCAUGCUUUGACGAAUUUCGUUUCAGGGCUCCGUUCACUAUUUAUCUAGCACGUUCUCAAGAUCACAUCGCUAUUAGUAAUAUGCCCAGUGAAACAGCUAACUUACUACCUGCUGACUCAAUGAGUAACGGUCUUGGAUACGAGAAAUUUCAAUCAACUCCGCCCAUGCCGGCGUAUUUGGUUGCUUUCAUGGUAUCAGAUUUCAAAAUAUUGCAAGAUCCAACUCUAGAUCCGAGAAUAAGGGUGAUUGCCAGACCAAAUGCAAUAAAAAAAGGAUCCUACGCUUUACAACAAGCAACGAAAUUAUUGGCGUUUCUCGAAGGACACCUUGGAGUUCCAUAUCCCUUACCAAAAUUAGAUCUCGUUGCAGUACCAAGAUAUGGCGGUGGAAUGGAAAACUGGGGAAUGACCGUUUAUGGAGAACACUAUUCGAUCUUGGAAAAUGAUAACGAUGAUCAGCAAAAAAUUGGCAUAACUGAAGUUGUGGCCCAUGAAUUGGCUCAUUUAUGGUUUGGAGACCUGGUGACGCCGGCUUGGUUCGAUUAUCUAUGGUUGAAAGAAGGAUUUGCGGCUUAUUUUCAAUAUCUUGCAGCUGAUGGAGUUGAACUUACAUCGAAUCGAGAGAAUUAUUUAGUCAAUGUGGAGAUGAAAAGCUCGUUCGCCACGGACAAGUCUUCCGUCCGUGCACUUACAUGGCCAAUCCGAAAACCUGACGAAGUUUCGAUCUAUUUCGCUUAUGACAGCAGUAUAAUUUACAACAAAGGCGCCAUUUUGAUCAGAAUGUUUGAGCACAUGGUUUCCUCAAAAACAUUCCAAAGCGCUUUGCGUAGAUAUUUACAGGAUGUGCAACAAAAUCACCGCGGAGUAGCAGUGCCCGAAAAUUUAUUCGAUGCAUUCGACAAACAAGUAGAACUCGAUUCGGUGUCACAUCUUCCCCCUCAAGUGCAUGUUUCUGAUAUAAUGGCAACAUGGAGUGAAAAUAUAGGAUAUCCAUUGAUCACUGUAACUAGAAAUUACGAACAGGGAGAAGUUAAAGUAACACAGGCUCCUUACCCACGAAAAUCGAGGACUCCUGAUGAUCAGUACCUAGAACAGAAAUGGAUUGUGCCACUGACUUUUACAACAAAGUCUCAACCGCAGUUUUCAGAUAUUCUAACAACUCAUUGGUCAUUUGCUGAUAAAUCUACAAAACUGACCGGAAUCAAACAUUCAGACUGGAUUUUAUUCAAUUUGAAACGAUCAGCAUAUUAUAGAGUAAAUUAUGACUCGGAAAAUUGGAAACUCAUAAUCGAUCAACUGAUAGAAGAUCGUACAAAAAUACACGAGAUUAAUCGAGCUCAAUUAGUCGACGAUGCGAGCGCUCUAGCAAAGGAUGGAUUAAUCAGCAACGAAACAAUUCGUCAUUUAGAGAAGUAUUUGCGGAAUGAAACAAGUAUUAUGGUUUGGUACCCAGCAUCGCAAUGGUUUUUGGAAAUGAUUUCCGCAGCAACUAACUAUGCAUUGGAGCAAACUCUCAAAAAUAAAUUGAAAGCAUUCCUCGAAGCACCAUUCAAAAAUAUCGGAUGCGAAUCAUCAACGGAUGAUCAACUCGCGAGAACUGCGAAAAAACAAUUUUCAAGGCUUCUAGCAGCAGUUGGCAUAAACGAUUGUUCAAAAAAAUUUUUGAAAAUGUACCAAAAACAUUACAAUAAUCUCAGCAAAAUCCCACCUAAUUUGAAAUCAGCUGUAUUCUGCCAUGCAUUGCGUUAUUCUGAUAAUCCUGGAAAAAAUUUCCAGCAUUUAUGGCAUAACUAUCUGAAAAGUGAUCAAAUGUACGAGAAAAAACGAAUCUUAGAAUCAAUAUUCUCAUGUGUUAAUGACAAAGAAGUAAUUAAAAGCAUAUUAUCAAAAAUGAUCGACCCAGAAAACAAAGAAAUUUCUCAGCAUGAUUUAUCUCUUAUUUCAAAAGAAUUCGCCCCUUCAGAAAAACAAACGGUUACUGCGACAGUUGAAUUCAUCGAUGAAAAAAUGUCCACUUUAGGCAACCUUGAUGAAAACUGUAUCAAAUUUUUGGCCAGUUUACUGCAUCUGAUUGAUUCAGAGAUUCGCACUGAAAAACAAAUGGAGUUGAUCAAGAAGUUGGAAGUUAAAUUCGCAUCUCUGGAUCAAAAGAAAUACUCUGAAUAUGCCAAGAUGGUUAAAAACUUGCGCAUUAAUGCUGAGGAACAAAUUACAUACCAUACUAAUUCUAUGAAACGGUUUUCAUAUGAAAGUUUUUUAUGGGAUGAAACCUUAGCUGUAUGAAAGGCAAACUCAGACCAUCCCUUCUGAUGUUAGUUGAUCUGAGUUUUGUAAUUCUUAAUUAGCUAAUUGGAUUUUACAUUUGCUGCAUAGGUAACUAGACUACCUACUCAUUGAUUUUAUUGAUAUUCAUAAAUUUUCAAUUUAGGAUUAAGUUUGUACAUAUUUUUUUUAUAACCCUAGAUGUAAUAUUUUUUGUUUGCAUAUUCAAAAAUAAAUUCUUCCUGCCCUCUUGGGAAUGGGAAAAAUUUUUAAAUCGUUGAAAAUCGAUACCUAUAGUAGAAAUUGACACUAAAAAAAUACAAUUUUAAAUCACCA